GUUUGAACUUUGAAUGAAAAGACAGUUGCUCUGGAACAGUGAAUUUAAUACUAGUUUAUGGAACGAAACAUUUUUCAGGAAUUUCAACAAUUUUUUUGAUAAAUCGGUCAAUAUUGCCAUGUUCUGCAUUUCACCUUUUGCGAAUUCUCAUCCCGAAAGUGUUAAUUUGAGACGAAACAAAAUUGAUUCAGGGACCCAAAAGUCUAGAUACGCCAUCUUGGUAUUCCACUUUACGGUAAUAUUUCAAAAACGGGAGCUGAUAAGAUAUUUCUGACUUCAGAUUCGAGUUUAGCACAUAAAAAGUAUAUACCUAUCUUGGUCUCGGCACCUAAAAAUUUGAAGACUUGUGUAAUAUAUUAGGAUGAAAUGGGAUUGUAAUUGCUUCUGGCUUACUUGAGUUCCACCUGCACCAAAACGGUAACAAACACACACAGUAACAAAAGCAGUAAGGUAUUCAAGGUUAAUGUAUAGCCGGUACUAUACCAUAGAAAAACCGAUUCAAAGUCGUUGAAAGCCGGAGGAAACUCUGUAAGAAACCGGUUAAGAGCCGUAGAAAAGGUAAGGGAAAAAAAGUGAGCCUUAAGAAAUCAUAAGAAAUUAUAAGCUUAAGAAUGGCUUUCACGUUUUCCACUUACUUUUAAAGGUGAAUAAUAAAUAAUUCCACAAACAAUAAAAGAAAGCACGUGUGACACAAUUGUCGUGCCUUGUGUAUUAUGUUUUGUUUUAAAUUUACUCAAGUGGCAUUAAAAUAAAUAGUAGUUUAAUUUAAGUAUGAAUUAUAUUUGUGGAAGCACUAAGAUAUUGGUUCGGGGGCUUUUAUAAACUCUGCUUUGUGGUGUCGUCAGUAAAUUUAAAUAUCUAAAAGUCCUUUUAAGUUUUGCUAUGGCUUUGAAAGGACUCUUCUCAGGCUUUUAAAUUAAGGCAAAACCUUGUGACUAUGUAAAAAUCGUUCAAUAUUUGUUUAGCCAGUAACACACUAUUUUUUUGAGCGUUUAAACACCGAAAAAAUAUCAUAGAAACAAUCAUAGAACUCGCGUUAACCAAAAAUAAGUAUUUAACUCUUAAAGCCGUCCCUGAUGUCUAUGAAUUGUUUACAUACAAAAAUGUGUUUUAUAUUUUGUUACUCUAUUUAAAAUAAGUGAUAUGAAUAGAUCGUGUUUUAGUUUUCCAUUAACUGUUCACCAAAACAAUGCAGCUUUUAGUAUUCCUGUUAUCAUUUCUCGUGCUUGUAACAUUGUGUGCUUCCCAAGAUUAUUAUGACGAAAUAAAGGAAAAACCGUGUAAUUUAGCAUUUAGAUGUAGGACUGGGGGAGAACUUGUGUGGGCUUCAACUGACAAUGAAUCUUGUGAGGUUUACCCAAAUAAUUGCAUGUUCGAGAGUUCCAAUUGCAAUCGUCAAAAUAAUUAUGAAUCAGAAGCAAUAGAUAUUGGACAAGAAGAAUGUCAAAAACUAUGUAAAACAUCUUGCGUAGGCAAUGGGACUCCAAUUUGUGGAUAUUAUGAAUUUGAAUUGCGAAAUUUUGGAAGUCAAUGUGAAAUGGAUAAUUUUAUCUGUGCCACGGGGCAAAUUUUCGAUCUGUACAGUGAAGGAUUAUGCCCAGCCUCCAGUGUUAUCGAAUUGUAUUCAAAUUUUUUUUAG